AUGAUUGUAUCAUCAUCUAUUUCAGAAGGUCAUUUUGAUGCUUCUUCUCGUAGUUCACCGAAUUACGAGAUGGAUUUUGAAACAUUGGAUUCUAAUAAGAAACAAAGUACGAUGCGACAGAAUAAGGGCAAUGAAGAUGCGAAUAUAGCUGUUGGGUAUUCAAGCAAUGAUGAGUUUUUGUAUUUGUCUAAUGACAAAUAUGAUGAUGAUGAUGAUGAUGAUGAUUGCGGCAUAUUGCAGGAUUCUGAAGCUGACCAAACUACAACAACUAUUGGUAAAUCUGGUGAAAAACAAGUGAAAAAAUGUGAAACAUAUGAUGAGUUACUAGUCAAGUACAAAAAGUUAUCUGAUAAAUAUGAAAUUUUGAAAAAUAAAGUUGCAGCUUUACAAAAACAAAACGAAAUGUUAAAUGCGACGAUGUUACCUAUGCCUCCACCUGAAAUUCAACAAUGGUUUGCGCAUACUGCACAACGGUUUGAGAACAAACCAUUAUCAGGAACUGUUCUUAAAGAUUUCAGUAGAGUAUUGAAAUUACCAGUCAAUGUAUUAAUAUCAUUGAAACAAAAUACUGGAACUCUUACUGCACGAUCUGUUGUUCGUCAUUUAUUUCUAUCUAAAAGUCGUACAACUGAUGACAUGACUGACGACAUUCGUCAAUCGAUUCUUGAUUUUGUGAAAUACUCUCAUCCGAAUGAAUUAUUUUUUCGAGGAAAAAUCAAUGAAGCUAUUAAUGGUCCAUUCAGAACAGCCAAGUUUAAGGCAUUACAUUCAGCAAAUGUUUAA